GAUUUCGAUUGUGUGAUCCAUUUGUUGUAUUGUCUAUUGAUUCUUGUCGACUGAACAUGAAGGCAGCGCAGCCUGUGUACCAGUGACAGACUCAGUCAGUAGUUGGCAUUUCGAGGGCUACUACUAGUAGUAGCUUGUUUGCAUUCAUUGCCAUACUGUGGUGUGGAGCGUCCUGGUAUUUUGGCCGAGUACUUCUUUCCUGAAUGGACGUAGCUUUUCAAUCAACUUACUAGUGGACCAGAUCACUCGUUCACCAAAAUAAGAACACCUGACUUUACGAGGUCGGAGACAUGGCUGCUGUGAAGAAAACAGACACGAAGCAGGAUGAAAUUGUCUUCCUUGAGCACUCGUUUCUCAAGGCACCUUAUGAACAACUCAAUCGUACUUACCGCCAAUCGCAGAAGAUCCUUGAGCGAGAAGUGACAAAGGACACAAAGCCUCCGACCAGCAAAGAAGACCUGGUAGCUCUUAAGGAACAACUUCUGGCAAUGAGAUCCAAGAUCGAGUCAUGUUCGGAGAAGGAGUCGGCCUCUCUGCAGCGGAUGUCUGGCCGUGUCCACUUUUUGAAGGAUCACGCGGACAAUGUCCGAGCGGCCACACCUGCAGACGCAGGCAAGGUUGAAGUGUGGGAGAAGAAGCGCGAGGACAGGAUGUUGGUUGACUACUGCUUCCGUUCUGGUUAUUACAAGACGGCGACCAUGUUGGUACAUGAUGGGAAUGUCGAGGAUCUGGUGGACAUGGAGAUCUUCAUGGAAGCCCGUAGAAUCGAAGAAUCCCUGCUCGACAGGAACAUGAUGCCCUGUUUGGUCUGGUGUGCCGAGAACAAGACAAAGCUCAAGAGGAUUAAGAGCAAUCUGGAGUUUGAGUGCCGUCAGCAGGGUUUCGUCGAGCUGAUACGCAAGGAGUGUUAUGAUGCAGCUUUGAAGUAUGCCAGCAAGCAUUUCAGCAAUGUGGAGUCGCAUCUUGAAGAUCGUGUCACUUUGCUGAUGGGGUUGCUGGCGUUUGGCCCGAAGACUACUCUCAAACGCUAUGAGAGCUUGCUGAGUGAUGAAGAAUGGCCUCGUUUGGCUGGCCUCUUUCGACAGGAGGCGUACACCUCACAACAGAUGAGCGGAAAUUCUUUGCUAAGUACCGUAGUACAGACUGGCAUCUCGGCCAUGAAGUGCACUCAAUGUUACGAGGCAAAAAAUAAGUCCAGUGAAUGUCCGGUGUGCCAAGAGCCCUACAAUGAGCUGUCCAAACAUUUGCCGUUCAAACGAGUUCAGACAUCCAAAUUGAUCUGCCAGAUUACCGGAAAGGCCUUGACGCAACCUAUGAUGCUACCCAACUGUCAGGUUUACGACCGUGUUGGCCUUGAGAAAAUGGCGGCGGAGAACAGCCAGGAGAUUACUUGUCCACGUACUGGCAAAAAGUAUUUUAGCAAGCAGAUGAAGAAAGUCUAUUUGAUGUAAAUUGGCCACACAUGGUAUGCUACUGGCAUGUGGCGGGCCAGUGCGCCCGCUGCGUUUAAUCCAGUAUGAUCGCAAACUAGCUUGCACCGUUGUAACUUCUCUCCUUCGUGUUGCAAAGGGAGGCAGAUAAUUGUCACUGUGUGUGUGUGUUUGUUGCUGCUGCUGCUACUAUCAAGGAUAUGCAUUUGCUCCAUCCCUGACCUUGUGUUUCCCCUUCCAGCUCCUUUGGUGACCCAUAUUUGGCACGUACCAUGUCCGCUGCCUUGGUGCUCUUAGAUUUGAAUGAGUAUUGCUGUGAGAAGUUGUGCAGGUGAACUGACAACUCGACUGUUCAGGAGUCUUCAGCACUCUUUAUCCACCGUCGCACUGAGUAGAAUACUCUAUAUACCACCCACCUGCUGCUGCUAUUGUAUAAAGAAAGCUGUCAUUUGUUUGUGUCACUUUACAGUGGACUGUGUACACAUACGAGGCGGAAAUAUUGUGCUCGACUUUGUAUCAUAAUAAUUAUGCGUUUUGUGUUUUCAGUCCUUUACAGUUGGUUGUGUUGUGUCUGGUGCUGUCAAAAAUCAUGUACAUAAGUAUUAUGCCACCGUCUUGCUGGCCCUGCUAUUUGUAGCCCUGAUUCACUUUAGCUUGUGUUGUCUCCGUGCUGUCUGUAUUAUAUUUGCAAAGAAAUAUUUUUCAAGUGUCAGUAUCUAGAAUAUACUCCCAACCUUUUUUUUACCUGCUUUUACGACGAUCAAUCCUAAAUUCCUGUGUGCUUUUUCCUGCAUGCUUGACGACAAUUUCCCUACGUGUUGUUACUAUUGUGCUGGUAUGUACAUGUACAAGCAGUAUCCUAGAGAACUGGCUGGCUAGCUGGUGCGGUCGCAGAUUUCAAGUA